CAGGUUUCAGUCCUGCUUGUGCACGACUCUGCAGAGCUGCUGGUUGUUGAUAGCAAAGGCCUCAAGUUUUUGGUUUCUACUAAGUGGAGAAGUGAUGUUUCGGACGGCAGUAGAGCACGCCAAGAAGCACCCCGGGCUCAUCCCCCAGUUCUUCUUCAUCUGUCUGGGAAUGGGAGGAGCAACUUUAUACCUGAUCCGGUUGGCCAGGGGACCCCAUGUCACCUGGAACAAGACUCACAACCCAGAACCGUGGAAUAAACUGGACCCCACGUACCAGUACAAGUUUGUGGCCAUCGACACAGACUACAAAAACCUGAAGAAGGAAGGACCUGAUUUCUGAUUUUCCUUCAGAAACCUGAGUGGAAAACUCACAGAAAGUCCUGAUCUCGGGUCAGAAUCGCUCCUCCUGCCCUCUCUGCAGGCGGAUGCUGAAACGGAUCCCAGAUCAGGAUCCGUUAAAAACCCUUUUAGUGUCUGUGCCUGUGUGACGUCUUCAAAGCUGCUUCAUGUGACCGGUACUGUCAGAAAACCAUCUCUACAUCCUCACACACUUACACAGGACGGAUACAACACACACUUAAUAAACUCAUAUAAUGAGGAGAAACCUGAAUGUCUUAUUUUGAAAGUUUAUUGCUUUUAGUUGAAUCCAAACUCCAGAGUCUGAUUCAGGAAUCUGUUAGAAUGACAAAAACCACAUUCAAACACCCCAAAGUUUAUGAGCAUGCAUCCAGAAGUGGUGCAGCAUUUAUGUAAAGUAGACAUGUUUGGUAGCUAAGCAGAUAAAAUGUGCACUUGAAACAGAACUCAAAGUUAUAGUCUUCUGCAGCGGAAAGCAUUUUACCCAUAAAUUCUGCACGUGAUGAGACCAGCUUUCCAUAAAAUGAUGCUGUCCUGCUGUGCUGCACACUGGAAAAAAUGCUCCUCUCAAAACAAAAAAAAAAAAAAAAAUUUCAAGAAACUUUUACCGUGAAAAAUCUGCCCAUAGAACAAGUGAAAAAUGGCUAGUAAUGGCUAGGUAAGAUUUCUAGAAAUAAGAUAUAUUUAGAAUCUUGAGAUCUUAAAAUUAGCUGGAAAACUUAUUUUAAACUAUAUUUUACCAGGAUUGUCAAGCUUAGGUGUCUUAAAAUAAGCCAGACAUGCUAAAAAAAUAGCAGUUUUUCACUCAAAAAUAGAUUUUUGCUUUCAUGUAACCUCCUAAUUUGAGAUGAAUUAAACCUCCUGCUGUCUUCAUUUACAGGCACCAAAAAAUAUUGUUUCCUUGUCUGAAAAAAAUCCCCAAAUUUCUGAAAAUUUGCAAAACCUUCAGGAAGAAAGUGCCAAUAAUUCCUUAAAAGUUUCCCUUAAAAGUUUGAUUUUUUAAAAAAUCCCUAAAUUUGCCAAGAAAAUUCUUGUAAAUAUUUUUAAAAAAUGAGUAAAAAUCUUCCAAAAAAAAAAAAAUCUUAAAAAUAUCUAAAGUGAUUCCAUAUAUAUCAGUAAAACUUCUAAUAUUUUCUUUAAGAACAUUCACAUAAAAAUCAACCAAAAUCCAGCGAAUUUCACUGGAUUUUGGUUGAUUUUUUUGUGAAUGUUCUUAAGAAACAUUUUUAACAUUUGGUUUUUUCCACCAAAAACUGUUCAAAGAUUUCCCAAAAAUGUUGAAAAUGUGGACAUCAGAAGUUUCACUGUGAAAAUUUAUAUUCUUUCCACAUUUUCAAACUUUAAAACGGGUUAAUUUUGACCUGCAGGACGACACAAGGGUUAAAGUUAUUUUGAGUUUUCUUGUAAAAUUCAACUUAAAACAAGAUAAUUUCCAGAUUGUUUGACUUAACAAGAUAUUUAAGAUGCAUCGUCUUAAAACAAGUCCCUCCAUCUGCUGAAAUGUCUCUUGUUAAAUGAAUUUAUCUUAAAUCAAGUGGGAUGAGACAUUUUGACUAAAAAUAAGACAAAUAGACUCGGUAAGAUUUAGAGUUUUUGCAGCGCAUCGUAUUAAAGGUCAACCAGACUGCUUUUAUUCCUUUAUAACUGUCACAUGAUUGUGGGUUUAGCAGCCACUAAACUCAGCAGUGACUGUGGAAGUUAUGAAAAAUGCAGAGAGGCAUGAACUAGUCUUGAUUCCUUUAAUAAACGGAUUGUGUCUGA